GAAUUUAGAAAACAAAAAAAAAGGUUGUUAUUAGAAAUUGUUAUUUCCUUUUUUGUAAAACGAUGAUGAACUCCAUUCAAUAGUUUCCCCCAAUUCUUUUUUUUUACUCACAAUUUAUAAUUCACAUUCACAUAAAUCGUUUAUAUAUUUAACGAUUAUUUCGAACUCGGUUGGUUUCUUUUUUGUUUUGGGUUUGUUUGUUUGCCUCCCUCAUUAUUAUUAUUGUGAAUCUUAUCGAAUCACCAAAUCGACGAAUAUUGUCCUUGUUAUUGGAAGUGAUAAAUUAACGACGAAAAUUUAUUUUAACUCUUCUGAAUCGGGUUAAAAUAAAAAUACAAAAAGAAUACAAAAAAAAAUACAAAGUGAAAUUAAUUCAAAAAGAAUUUUGUAUUUUAUCGAAAAAGAAGAGAGAUAUGCGAGUGAAAAUGUGAAGUUUUAAAAGCAAAUCGAUGUCCUGCGAUAAGGAAAGUGAAUAAGAAAUUAUUUAUUUAUUGUUUUUUCUUUCUUUGAAUGGUGAAAUCAAUUAUUGUGAAUUUUUUGUGAAAACAAGAAAAAAAAGUUUAUUAUUGUGAAUACAAUUUAAAGCAUUUUUGGAUUAAAAUUAAAAAAAAAAUAUUUAGUGUUUGGUGUUUAUUUCUUCAUCAUCAAUUUCAAUUUAUUAUCACCAGCAGAUGCAAAUUGUAACGGAUUAUUAUGGAGUAAUAUCACAUUUUAGUAGCUGCCAGAGGAUUUUUUAUUGAUAAAAAGACAGUGUUUGUAUACAACAAGGACAUCAAACAGAAUACAAGGACAUUUUGGGGAUUGCCCCAAGAAUAUAUCUAUCUCUACUCCCACACCAGCUAUAAAGUUAAAAGAAAAGUAGCACUUCCGAACGAAGAGAGUGUUCUUAAACGAAAGUCACACAGGACGUGUUUGAGACUUUCAACAAACAACAAAAAAAAAAGGAUACAAGCUAAAAAAAUAAAAAUAUUGGAAAAAGAAAACUGAUCCUUCCCAAUUGAAUUCAUACUGUUUCUUCCCUCCUUUUUCUUCGAACGAAGUAUAAAAUAAAGUUUGAACAUUUUUGGUUUUGGACUUUUGCACAAACACAUUUCAUCCUGUGGCGUUUGUUCAAAGAGCUUCCGUUUCGUUGUUGGUGUGUAUUUAUCCUAUCCUUGGCGCGAUAUAAUAGAGAAAGGACAUGAUAAAUUGAGAGUCUCAUAAAAAUUUCAACUAAGAAUUUAUGUAAUGUGUUGUUGGUUACAAGACGUCUAAACACACCAAGGACAAGUAUAGUACCAACAAGAAAAAAACGAUACAACACCCUCUCGCUGCCGCCGGUCAUAUCCUUUCUGACUACUUCUUCGGUCUUUUCUUGGUCUUGACAUCGUCUAUAUCGUCUACAUCGCCGCGUGUGAGUUUCUUUUUAGCCCCAGCCAAGACUAACACUUUGCGUGUGUCUGUGUGUGUAUAAGUUAUUUUUAUUUCACAUUCAGUUAUAUCCGCCAUGAUAGUCCUCAUCGUCGUGUCCUUAUAAAAUAUUCAGUAAAAAAUUUUUUUCGUCUGAAGUUGAAAAAUUGCAAAGAGGAUAUAUCUCGUUUGGGAAUUGCACACCGUCAAGUGCACCGCGCGUAUUCUCUGUCACGGUCAACUUGGAGGAAAGUAACCUAAAUAAUUGAACACAUCUACAUCAAGAGGGAAUACUCUUCUUCUUCAGACAGAGAAAAAAAAAAAGGACUAUUCUGUAUAUCUGUGUGGCUUGGAUAAAUAGAAAAUGCCAUUAGCCAUUCUUGCUUUGGCUGGAAUCAGCGGUCAUUCGGUUCGUAGUUGAAUAGUAGUCUCGAUUUCUUCCUUUUUGUUCGUCCUUACUUAGUGUGUCGUAUAGUCGGUGUAUGUGUGUGUGUCGUCGUCAUACUAUUUGUAUAUGGAUGUAGGUCUGAAGACGGAUAUAGAGUUUAAAAUGCGGAAAAAUUCGAAUGUUAAGUGUUGUGCGAUAAACGAUUUGGAAAUGUCUCAAUAUCGGUUGAAUUUAACGAGGAUACAUGUCGGUCGGUCGAAACGACGAUAUCCUGCGCUUGGAUUAAGCCAAAUUUUAUUGGUUUUCUGGAUAUAUUGUUGCUUGGCUGUUACUGUAAAUGCUCAAUACCGUUCACCACGUAUAACCGAACAUCCAAGUGAUUUAGUAGUGAAAAAAAGUGAUCCGGCCACACUGAAUUGCAAAGUUGAGGGCAAACCCGAACCGACAAUCGAAUGGUUUAAGGAUGGCGAACCUGUCAAGACGAACGAAAAAAAAUCACAUCGUGUCCUUCUGGAGAAUGGAGCCUUAUUCUUUUACAGAACGGUACACAGUAAAAAGGAACAAGAUGGCGGUGUUUAUUGGUGUGUGGCGAAAAAUCUUGUUGGCAAGGCCGUUAGUCGAAAUGCUACGUUACAAAUAGCAGUUUUGCGAGAUGACUUCCGAGUUCAACCAAAGGAUACGCGGGUUGCUAAAGGCGAGACAGCUCUCUUGGAAUGUGGACCACCAAAAGGAAUUCCAGAGCCCUCACUCAUCUGGAUGAAGGAUGGAGUGCCACUGGAUGACUUGAGGGGCAAGUCUUAUGGAACCACAUCACGUAUUCGUAUUGUAGAUGGUGGCAAUUUAUUGAUAAGCAAUGUCGAACCAAUUGACGAGGGCAACUAUAAAUGUAUAGCACAAAAUCUAGUUGGAACAAAGGAGUCAAACUAUGCCAAAUUAAUUGUACAGGUGAAACCAUACUUUAAAAAAGAACCCCAAGAUAGCACAAUGCUAUCUGGACAAACUGUUCGUUUCCAAUGUCUCGUUGGUGGUGAUCCACAACCAAAAAUUCUUUGGAAAAAAGAUGACGGCAACAUCCCAACAGCAAGAGCCCGCAUCCUUCAGGAGGACCUUAGUCUAGAAAUAACAAAUUUAACAAUUGGCGACGAGGGCAUUUACAUCUGCGAAGCACAAAAUAGCGUCGGACAAAUCAGUGCACGAGCCGAACUCAUUGUUCAUGCUGCACCAAAGUUCGUGUUAAAACCACAGGACAAGAAAAUCGGUCUGAAUGGUGUGGCACGUUUUCAGUGUGUCGCCGAUGGUAAUCCACCGCCAUCCGUUUUCUGGACAAAAGAAGGCUCAUCCAUGCUAAUGUUUCCAAACAAUUCCUAUGGCCACUUGCAUGUCUCCAAUGAGGGUACAUUGCAAAUAAAUGGCGUACAAAAGGACGAUGCCGGCUAUUAUGUGUGCUCGGCAUUUAGUGUUGUCGAUUCCACGACAAUUCGUGCGUUCUUACAGGUGACGUCGGUAGAUGAUACUCCGCCGCCCAUUAUUCAAAUAGGCCCAUCCAACCAAACACUGCCGAAGGGUAGUGUUGCUAUGUUACCAUGUCGAGCGACAGGAACUCCAAUGCCACGAGUCAAGUGGUACAAAGAUGGUGUACCAUUACAGAGUGGACACCGUUUCAUGAUUGUCCAGGGUGGAUCGCUAAGGAUUGAUGACCUACAACAAACAGAUACAGGCUUGUACACAUGUACCGCUUCAUCGGAGAGUGGUGAAACAUCGUGGUCGGCUACUUUAACGGUUGAAAAAAUCAGCUCAUCAGUUCUGCAUCGAUCUCCGGAUCCGAGUACAUAUCCAGCACCGCCUGGUACACCAAAAGUGCUUAACGUUACGCAAAAGAGCAUUACACUACGCUGGACACGAAGUCAAGAGAAGCCUGGAGCUACCAGUCCUAUAAUCGGCUAUACGGUGGAGUAUUUUAGUUCGGAUCUUCAAACAGGCUGGGUUGUUGCCGCACAUCGUAUUCCUGAUCAAACAAUAACGAUAUCAGGAUUGAAACCGGGUACUUCGUAUGUGUUUCUUGUUCGUGCUGAAAAUUCACACGGUCUAUCAGUGCCAUCUGGGCUGUCGAAUGUAGCAAAAACUUUGGGCACAGAUUCGGGUGUGGUGCCACCAGGAGAAUUGUCAGCUGCUAGAGAUGUAUUGAGUGGAAAGGUGGUAGAGCUCAUCGAUGCGGCUGCGAUUAAUUCAUCGGCGGUCCGCCUUGACUGGGUAAUGCACGUCAGUGUGACGGAAAAAUAUGUUGAGGGUCUGUAUGUACGAUUUCGUGACAUUAGUGGCAGUUCGCAGAAAUACAACAUCAUGACGGUGCUGAAUCCAUCGAUUGAAUCGCAUGUUGUUGGUAAUUUAAAGAAAUACACCAAGUAUGAGUUCUUCCUGGCACCGUUCUAUCAGAGUCUAGAGGGACAACCUAGCAAUUCCAAGUUGGUGCAGACAUACGAGGAUGUGCCAUCCGCUCCACCGGAUUCCGUCCUUACCGGGAUGUUGAACCUAACAGCUGGUUGGGUACGUUGGUCACCGCCACCACCGCAACAUCACAACGGCAUUUUACUCGGCUACAAAAUUCAGGUAACAGCAGGAAAUACGGCUAAAGUCCUAGCCAAUAUGACACUGAACGCCACCACUACAUCAGUCAUGUUGAACAGCCUCACAACUGGUGCCACUUACAACGUCCGCGUGGUCGCAUACACUAAAGCCGGCGAGGGACCAUACUCUCAACCAAAAUCCUUGGUGAUGGACCCGGCCCAUCUAAUCUCGCCACCACGUGCACAUCCUAGUGGCUCAAUGAAUGGCAUCACUGGUCCCAGUGGCAAUGGUAUUGGUGGCAGCGGUGGUAUAGACGGACAUGGAAUGGAUCCACUUGACGAUAUAGCCGCCACCACCCACCGGAAGUCGACGAAUGUCGUCCACGAGACCUGGUUCAUGGCACUUGUGAUCACAAUGCUGGUAGCCAUACUCAUCUCGGCGGCAGCUGCAAUGCUCUUCUUCAAGCGCCGUCAUCAGUUGACAAAGGAAUUGGGCCACUUGAGUGUUGUUAGUGCCAACGAAAUCACUGCCCUGAAUAUCAAUGGCAAGGACAGCUUGUGGAUUGAUAGGGGUUGGCGCAGUGCCGACACCGAUAAGGAUUCCGGUUUGAGUGAAACCAAAUUGCUAUCGAAUCCGAACAGCCAGUCGAAUUAUACGUCGGACGGUGGAACGGACUAUGCUGAAGUGGAUACGCGUAACAUGAGUACAUUCUACAAUUGUCGCAAGAGUCCUGAAAAUCCAACGCCAUAUGCGACAACAAUGAUCAUUGGAACAUCGUCCACGGAGACUUGUUUAAAGACGUCAUCAUCGAGCAAUGACCAGGAUUCGGGAACACAUAGUCCGCAUUCGGAUGCGGCUCCACCGCAAUGUUAUGCGGCACAAAACAAGCAUAACUAUCAUCAGUAUCCACCAGAAUUUUCACUCCCACCACCGGAUCAUCCACCGCCAGUACCACAAAAUAUUUGCUAUCAACCUGGUAGCCCACAAUCCAGUAGAAAGAGUUCAAAAUCUGGUGGAUCUGGAAUGUCCACACAUCAAAGUGCUCUCAAUUCAUCAAUUCACAGUAGUUCCUCUGGUGGAUUCUCAACAUGGGGUGUAGCGCCACAAAAUCAACAUUGCGGACCUGCUGCUAGCAAUGCUGGUGGAGUUAAUCGUCAAGAGAACUACUAUAAUAAUCCUCUGCCAUGUGUUGGAGUUGUUGGACAUCCAGGUGGUCAAAGUCGAUAUCAGAUUACACCAACGGGACAACAUCCACCACCCUUGCCACCAUACUAUCCACCUGGACAAGUUCCGGCUGGGAUGCCAACGAGAAAUAUACAUAUCCAUUAUCCACCACCGAGACAUGCUGUCUCGGAUUAUCAGCCAACGGGGACACAAAAUUCAAGGUGCUCGAAUGGAAGAUCCUGCAACAGCUGUGAUGCCCUAUCAUCCCCAGGACAACCCCUGCCACCGCCAUCCUCCACCGAAUGGUAUCAGCCCCUGCACAGCAACAAUUCAAAUCCCCACCAGCCUCCCAUCUAUACAUGUUCCUCAGAGUGUUCCGAUCAUUCAACCCGAAACGACCGACACUCCCAUCACAAUAAUCAUCAUUUGAUGCAUUCAUCACAUCACUCCCAACACUCCCAGCCCAUGACACACAGUCACACCAGCCAUCACAGUCAUCAUUCAUCAUCGAAUCAUCGGGAUCAUCAAAAUGACACAAUGCGGUCGGACAGCAGCCAGGAGAAUAACCCCGGCAAAGUCUACAUGAUGAAUCGAUGCCAGGCGGCAUUCCCCGAAAACGAGGAAUCCGAACGAGAUCGAAUGUUGAAGCAAUGUUCAUACGACACAACCGAUGUAGAGCAUCGAAACUGCAGUGAUUGUUGCAGUAGUUCUCGAGAAGGCGACACAUGUUCAUGCAGUGAAGGUUCCUGUCUAUAUGCUGAGGCUGGUGAACCUGGUCCACCACCGCCAACAAUAACAGCACAGCAACAACAGCAGCAGCAACUAGCUAUGGCAAAGUAGGUCCUUAAAAUUAAGCAUGCAACUGCCAUCAUCCUCCUCCUCCCCCAAAAUGAGACUUAAUUGUGUAGGGUAAGCAUUAAUUUCUAUAGAUUAUAAGAUUCUUCGAUGACAAAAGAGGAAACGAUAUAAUAACGACAAAGAUAAAAAAAAAACUAAAAAAACACAAUCAGAAGGUAAUAAUUUCUUCAUUUCCGCUUUCAAAAUGAUAAAUAACUGCUAUUCUCAACUAUGGGCAUUGGGCACACACAA